CGUAAAUUUAAAAUAACUUUUCGUUACCAUUACCUUAAUAACAAGUCACCUUCGUUUACAGACGCCGUAAAUAAGGACCAAGUUGAAUCAGAACUCUACUACCGAACAACUUUCUGAACAGUCCCAAUAAUAUCGUUUUCCCAUUCGAACUAUUUGGAUUUGGACAUUUGAUUCGGUUGCCAUCCUUUCACGCUUAGCUCGAACCCCAAUCGAACUCUCGAGCAAGCUUACGGCUUAAUCGAAGCAUGGCCGACGAAAACGUUGUUGACCCGCCCGCCCUAUUCGGCAUGCGAACAAAUGCCAAGCGUAGACACACGAACCUUCUGCGGCAAGCAAGAGAGUUAAUAAACAUCAACGCCACGCGAGAAGAAUUCGAAGCGUUCAUGCCAACUCUCGAACUGGCGCACAGUAAUCUCGUUCACAUUCACGAACGAUACGUGGCCGCCGCACAACUUGACGAUGGUGAACUGCACGCAGCAGCCACCUACUUAGAAAGCAUCAACAAUCUGCAAGCCGCAUGUGCUCAAGCAGUCGCUGCCGCCUUACGAAGAACAGCCCCUCGACGCGCAUGGAACAUUUCCAACACCGUGGUCCGUGAGCUCAGUCAAAAUGUAUCAAUUCCCCAACCUAAUCAAGAGAUCGACGCUGUGAGCAUCGUACCAGAGCCGCAACAGCCAAACGGCCCACCACAGCCGAACCAAGACGAUCGAUCGAAUGACACGCAGCACGACACCUUAAAUCACGUAAAUUUCUACCUUCACACAGCAGCAAAACAACGCAAAAUCGAUCUUGAAUUUCGAUUGAAGCAAGCAAAAAUAAAACAGGAUCGUGAACUCAAAGAUCUAGAGCUCAAAAACGCGCGGGAACGAGAAGACCUGGAACUUGAAAUUCAGUAUGAAAAUCACUUGAUCGAGAGCUGUGGUGGUGCAAUUGGAUCACCGCAAUUAUCGUCCACACCCAACUUACCAAGCAACGUCCCGAUGAAUGAUUUGGUUAACCUUCUGCUUCUGCCAGCUGUCGUUAACUCGACUCCACCGACGCAACCUAAUUUUGCCCCGUCGCAUCAUUGGCUGAAGCUAGACGUGGCAAAAUUCAAUGGAGACCCCCGUAAAUGGCUUAAAUACGCCCACGGUAUAAGAGCAACGAUCCGAGAUGUAAAUAUGCCCGAAUCGCUGAAACUUCUGGGGCUUCAAGAAAGUUUGAAGGAAGACAUCCAGCGUCGUGUCGCUCAUAUUUUCACGGGUGCGUACACUUUUCAAUCAGCUUGGGCCGAGCUAGAAAAAAAAUAUGGAAGCCCGCACCUUAUCAUACAAGCACACGAUCAGCAUAUGCAGCAGCUCCCUUCAUUCAGAAACGGGGACUUUAACGCACUCUUUAAUUUGGCCGCUGCAGUACGCGACGCCGUUUCAAGCGUAGAUGAAAGCCACGUCAUGAUGUUCAACACCGUCGCCAACUUACUUCAUACCAAAUUGCCGAUCAACUUACAAACAGACUGGGGAAAAUAUGCUUAUGGUUUAGACAGAAUGGCCACCUUAAAAGAUUUCGACAAAUGGAUCGAUCGCGUGCUCAGCACUGAAGAACUUCGUGGCGGAAAGCUAUCGUCAUCCAACGCAAUGAACGCUGUUAAAAACCCCGUUCAGCCUUCAAAUAGCAACCGUCAGUUGGGCAGCUACACACCCGGAAGCAGCAACUACAAUAACCGCGGACCGACCGUUCUCGCAGGAUCCUUAUCAAACGUUACCACCCUUUCUGACUGCCCGGCCUGCAAAGAAAGUCCGGCCCACAGGUUAGAGAUGUGCAACGUGUUUAAACGAAUGUUGGUGAAUGCCCGCGCAUCGCUGUGUGCCACCAACAAUCACUGCUUCAAGUGUCUCGUCCGCGGCCACUAUGGACGGAAAUGCAACUCAACUGAAUCGAAAUGCAAGGAGUGCCAGGGCCCGCAUCAUUCGCUGCUUCACGGAGCCGAACGACAGUUUCCCUCCUCAUCGCGAAACCAAGGUAAAAACCAUACUAUACUAAUGGUAAAGGCACCAACAGCCAAUAUCCGCCCAGUCCUAUUAGCUAUUGUCAAACUCGUAGUGGAAAUGAACAAUUCGGCUCAAACAACCUUCGCGAUUCUUGACCAAGGCAGCGAAGCUACUCUCAUAUCACGAAAGCUAGCGAAUUUGCUUAAGUUGAAAGGUCCUUCAGCCAGCAUUUGCUUCGGCUCGUUUAACAACUCUGUGUUAAUGGAUUCGAACAUCGUAGCAUUCAAACUCAAAUCGAUCGACGGAUCGCAAGCGUUCGACGUUUGCGAAGCGUUUGUUGUCCCCAGCAUUAAUCUUUCGCAACGCAAAAUUAACUGGCCUGGCAUCAAGAAACGAUGGGAACAUUUGGCCGACAUCGACUUACCUGCCAUAGACUCUUCCAAAGUAGAAAUUCUUGUGGGGAUGGACAUGUUACCAGUUCUUCGAACGCUAAACACUGCUGCCCCAAAUGAUGGUGAAACCGGCCCUACCGCUUUGCAAACGUGUUUUGGCUGGGCUGUAGUGGGCAAAAUACCGUUGUGUCUAGUCGCCGGACCGAGCAACAAAAGCAGCGUGAACUUAGGUUUCGUUCGACAAGAACCCUUUCUAUCAGAAGUAAUUGACCGUUUCCAUUUAACUGAAACCUUCGGCGUCGUGGCAAAAGCCGCGAAAACAAAUCCAGCGGCCAACGAAGACGAGCAGAUGUUGAGCAUCUUACAGCGAUCGAUAAAAUUUAUUGGAUGUGGUUACCAAAUAGAACUUCCGCUUCGUCAAGACAGACCGGUCAUACCAAACAACAGAGGACAAGCAGUUUCCCGUUUCUGUGGCCUCGAACGCCGAAUGUUAGAGCCACAUAUGCGCGAGACCGCCGCAAAAUACGUAACCAUUGUCGAGAAUCUUAUAUCGUCAGGAACCGUGGUCGCCGUCAACUGGUCGGACAUAAACAAGCCGGAAGGUAUGGUUUGGUAUCUACCUCACUUCUACGUCGUUAACCCGAACAAACCCGACAAAAUUCGAGUUGUCUUCGACUGCGCUGCGCUUUACAGAGGUGUGUCGCUUAACCAUUAUCUUUUGCGUGGCCCGCCGUUCAUCCCGUCGCUAGUCGGCAUCCUCCUCCGCGCUCGUCAGUUUCUCGUCGCACUCACCGCUGACAUCACUGCGUUUUACCACAGAGUUGGUGUGGCCGAAAAACAUCAGUCCUUACAACGAUUUGUCUAUCGCGAAUUUGGCAGUAACGCACCAAUCACAACCUACCAAUUCGCAACCCUGGUAUUUGGAGCUGUUUGUUCCUCCUCUGCCGCAAUAUUCACUUUACAGCAUGCAGUCAACGCAAACGUACAAUUUCCGCAGGUCGCCAAAAAAUUGAAAGACAAUUUUUAUUCCGACAAUUUGAGCGACUCAUUCGAAACUAACGACGAAGCAAUAAAUUUCGCAAAGCAAGUAACGCAGUCUCUCGCGUCCGCCGGUUUUAGUCUGACAAGCUUCGCGUCGUCAUCCCGGCAAGUCUUGGCAACCAUCCCAGAAAAUCAGCGAACUUCAAACACCGUUGACUUGAAUAAAGACGCACUAACUGUGGAAUAUCUUCUUGGUAUGGUGUGGGAUCUUAACUCGGACUCUUACGGCAUCAGAAUAAAAUCAAUGCCAACGGUUACUACAAAACGAGAAUUAUUGUCCGCAAUUUCUCUCACAUUCGACCCUCUCGGCAUUUGUCUUCCGGCCAUUACCGGCGCUAAACUGUUAUUUCAACAGACACAAAAACUGGCGAAAGAUACACCGGAUGUUCGUGGGUGGGACCAGCCUUUGUCAAUCGAAAUUUUGUCAAAGUGGAAGCAAUGGACCUCCAGCCUCGAAAAAUUGCGCCUUGUUUCUGUAAAACGAUGCUUCCGACCCGCCAACUUUCCCCUCGUAGGCUUCGAUUUUAUGUUGGUCAUUUUUGCCGAUGCUUCGCCCGUCGCCUUCGGAGCGGUCGCCUACCUGCGCGUACGAUUCGGUGAUAAAAUUCAUGUCAGCUUCGUCAUGGCCAAAGGUCGCCUGGCCCCCUCAAGCCGACAACCAUCCCCCGACUGGAUUGAGUUUCAUACGGACUCACAAAUUGUUUUGUAUCAGCUUCGCGCCUCUCACCCCGGUCGUCCAUCAUUUGUAAACAAACGGACAAAUGAGAUUCUACAGCACUCGACGGUUGAUCAAUGGCACUAUAUUCGCAGCAGCGACAAUCCCGCCGACGAUUGUACCCGAGGAAUCGUUCCGAAAGACUUUGGGCCAAAUUGCCGCUGGAUUCGAGGGCCAGAUGUUCUUUUCAACGUGUCGUACACUCCACCGCCAUUCGAUCAGCAAAGCAUUAAGGCUAAAGAAAACGAAGAAAUACAGGCGGUCAAUGUGCAACAGCUGCACGUUGCUAUAAGUUCUUGCCACCCGUUGUCAUCCGCUUUGUCUAAACUCAUCACCCGAAGCAUUCAACUUAACACUCUGAAACGAGAAGCUGCUCUGCUGCUGCGCGGCGACUCCACGUCGAAUGAUGAUCUGAAUUCCGACGAGAUCGCCGAAGCCUUCCGCAUCUGUCUGCUAGUGUCGCAGCAAGACGCAUUCUCACGGGAACGUGCAGCUCUUCAGAAAGGAAAAAUGAUCCCGCGUGACUCCGUCUUGAGGCGGGUCGGGCCAUACCUCGACCCAGACGACGGCCUGUUGAAAGUCGAUGGAAGAUUGGGCCACGCAGUGAUGCCGGCACGUACCCGUAACCCAAUAAUUAUUGCACCGGAUCAUCCGCUUACAAGGCUUAUCAUCAGCGACCGUCAUUUACAAUUGCUCCAUUCUGGUGUGGAACACACGUUGAGUGUUGUUCGUGAGCAGUUUUACCUCCCACAAGGACGCAGGGCCAUCCGGCGUACACUUGCACAGUGUACCAAAUGUAAGAUGCUGCGUGCUAUGUCUCAGGCACCACGAAUGGCUAGCUUGCCAAAGGAACGUCUCGUGCCCUCCUUGCGCGUCUUCACGAAUGUGGGACUGGACUGUUUCGGGCCCUUUCAAGUUGUGAUUGGAAGACGAUCAGUGCAGCGGUGGGGACUGCUGAUAACGUGCCUUUCCACCCGAGCCGUGCAUUUAGAAGUGCUGGACACGAUGGACGCCGAUUCUUUCAUCAUGGCGUUGCGGCGUUUCAUCUCCCUACGAGGUCACCCUAGAAUAAUUUACAGUGACAACGGCACCAAUAUCACGGCAGGAGAAAAGGAGCUCAGGCAAGGGAUCGAAAAUCUCAAUUCGACGCGGGUGGCAGCAGAAUUCAUCGACCGCGGCAUCACUUGA